AUGUCGGAAAUUAGCUGUACCUAUCUGGUAGUUGGUGGAGGAAUUGCUGGCGUUUCCUGUGCCGAAGCGCUGGUGUUUUUAGCGAAUCCCAAAGAUAAUAUAGUGUUAAUAACGGAAUCGUCUUUGGUGAAAGCGGCAACCAAUUCGGUUUCACUUGGUAAAGUGCUCACUCGUUUUGAUGUUGAGGAAGUGGAAGCAUCGUCUCUAACGGGUAACAUUCGCGUUAUAGAAGAUACACUGGUACGGGUUGAAAGCGAAGCUCAUUACGUGAUAACGGCUAGAGGUAACAAAAUCAACUAUCGCUACGCUUGUCUAUGCCUGGGAGCUCAUCCAAAGCUCAUUGAACUUGCCGCUGGUAAUCCAAAUGUGAUCGGAAUUCGUGAUACGGAGUCGGUGCAAGAGUUUCAGAAACGCAUCAAAAAUGCCACCCGUUUGGCCGUUGUGGGAAACGGAGGUAUUGCUUCGGAAUUGGUGUACGAAAUAACCGGAGUCGAAGUGCAUUGGAUCAUCAAAGAUGACUAUAUAAGUUCGACUUUUGUCGAUUCUGGUGCAGCACGAUUUUUCCAUGAGCGUUUAACAUGUAAAGGUGAGCAGAAGUCUGUUAUAAAACGGAUGAGGUAUUCGGAGGAAAAAGCUGAGACCAGCGGCAAGCGAAAACCGGGUGCUGCACUUGGUCCGGACUGGCACCGAACGGUUGAUAUAUCCGGAAAGCUUAAGGAUGUUCCAUCGUCAGUAAUGAUACAUUAUCAUACCGAAAUCGAGGAAAUCGUUUCACAAAGCGAAGGUUUUCCACUUCAACUUCGAAUGUCUGAUGGUAAAAUUUUGGAAUGUGAUUUGUUGGUGUCCGCUACGGGGGUGACUCCAGUAACGAACAUAAAUUGUGACAAAGAUUUUCGUCUUGGACCGGACAAUGGCCUGUGGGUCGAUUGGGAAAUGGCUACUUCGGUGCAGGACGUUUACGCAGCCGGUGAUGUUUGCUCCGCUGGAUGGGAAUGGGCAUCCCAUUGGUUCCAGAUGCGCCUUUGGACUCAGGCUCGUCAAAUGGGUUCCAUGGCAGCUCGUGCCAUGGCGGCGAAACGAGCUGGCGAAACAAUCUAUCAGGAUUUUUGCUUUGAAAUGUUCAACCACGUGACGCAGCUGUUCGGAUACCAAGUGGUACUGCUCGGUCGGUACAACGGUCAGGGUUUGAACGAUCAGUACGAAGUGUUGCUUCGGAUGACGCCCGGAUUGGAGUACAUUAAGUUUGUGCUGGUGGAUGGAAAACUGCAGGGAGCUAUGCUGAUCGGUGAAACCGGCCUCGAGGAGACGUGCGAAAAUUUAAUUUUGAAUCAGCUGGAUUUGACGCCCUACGGAGAGGAUUUGCUGGAUCCGAAUAUAGACAUUGAAGAUUAUUUCGAUUAGCAUAAUUUAGAAGGUAAUUGAUGUUUUCUCCUGAUUCACUAUAGUAACAUAAUCUAUUACUAUUAUA